AUGGCGUUGACUGGUGUGGUACCGUGCAUGGAUAGCGAGCAAGAGGCUCUUCUCAAGAUCAAAGAAGGCUUUAAGGAUGUUUCAGAACCCUUCUCUUCGUGGACUGCAGAAGAAGAUUGUUGCAAUUGGAGAGGAGUUGGAUGUGACAACACAACUGGUCAUGUGACCAUGCUUGAUCUCCACAGUCGAGACCCAUCCAGCAAAUUGCUAGGUGAGGUAAGUCCUUCUCUGCUUGACUUACCAUAUUUGAGAUCUCUAAACUUGAGCCUCAACCAUUUCCAGCAGACUCUAAUUCCAGAGUUUAUAUGUUCUCUUAAAUAUAUCGAACAUCUCAACCUAUCUAAUGCCAAUUUUCGAGGAACCAUUCCCAGUAGUCUUGGAAACCUCUCACACUUAAAGUCUCUGGAUUUGAGUGGAAAUGGCCUUUUUUAUUUAAAAGCCGAAAACCUCAGUUGGGUUUAUGGUCUUUCUUCUUUGGAAGUUCUUGCUCUAGGUGGUGUUGAGAUUAGCAAUGCAGAGGAUUGGCUUGAUGCAGUAAAUAUGCUACCUUCUCUGGUAGAAUUGCGUUUAAUCUUUUGUAAACUUCACAAGCUUCCUCAAAAUUUGCAUCAUGUGAAUUUUACUUCUCUUAAAAUCCUUGAUCUCUCGUUGAAUAAUUUCAGUUCUACAAUACCAGAUUGGUUGUUUGACAUUGGUCAUAGUCUUGUUUACCUUAAUCUUUCAAGAUGCCAGUUAUAUGGUGUGAUCCCAGAUGCUUUCGGUAACUUGACUUCUCUCAUAUCUCUUGAUCUCUCGAUUAAUUAUCUCGAAGGUCCAAUACCAUUAACUUUUGGCCUAUUUCAAGAACAAGUAGAGCUCAACAGAUCUUCAUCACUGAGAGAAUUGUAUCUUUCCAGCAAUAAAUUGAAUGGAUCCUUCGAACGAAGUCUUGCACAGUUUUCGCAACUGGUUGUCCUGGAUGUGGCUAUGAAUGGCAUGGAGGGUAACAUCACAGAAUCUCAAUUACUAAAAUUCAGUAGCUUGCGAGUGUUAGAUCUUUCUUCAAACCGGUUUGCAUUGAAUGUGAGUUCAAGCUGGAUUCCACCCUUUCAACUUGAAAACAUAGGUUUGAGGUCUUGCCUACUAGGCCCGAAAUUUCCCCUGUGGCUUCGAUCACAAAAGAAUUUUUCUACCAUUGAUGUAUCUAAUGCUGGAAUUGUAGAUGUCGUGCCAGAUUGGUUUUGGAACCUUUCUUCCAGGAUCAUGUUAAUGAAUCUGUCUUUCAACGAGCUCAAAGGACAUGUGCCUGAUUUUUCCUCCCAACUCCAACUUUCAGAACUAGAUUUGACUAGCAAUCACUUUUGGAGUCCCCUGCCUCGCUUCUCUGCCAACUCAAGGGUGAGAUUCCAGACUGUUGGAAAUAUGGACAUAAUAUUAUGGCUUUAA